GCAGGCCACGUUAACGAGAAAGAAAGAAGGAAAGAGUGAAGGUCUCGUCAGAACGGAGCGCCCUGCAAAGUGGCCCGUGCUCUGCAGGGCGUCCAGGCUCGGCGGAGACGCUCCCGGGACGCCGCCCGAGGGAACUGGCCGGCGCCGCAGACCGUUACAAACAGCCGGGGGUCGGGAGGCACUUCCCGCCGCGCACCUCGUCCCGCAGCCCGGCAGCCUGGGGCGGGGGCGGCGGGGACAGAGGGACACGCGAGUGUGGACUGGACAAACGGGGGCGUAAGUCUGGGCCGAGCACCGACCUGGGGUCCAGCCUUCCCCUCGUACAGCAGCGGUGCCUGGGCCGCACAACUGUGACAACGGGAAUCUCCACGGCGCGCCCCCUAAUCCUUUUUUGACUCUUCCCGCCCGAUUUGCCGCGCGCUCGCGCCCCUCCUCCAACCCGAGACUCCUGAGGGCCUCCAAAACGCCCUUUGGCCGCCCCGCCCAGUGCGCGCGAUAAGCCGUCCUUAAGUCUCGCGAUAGGCUCGCCCCUCGCCCCUCCCCCCGCGAGUGAAUGCACGAACGAGAAAGGAGGAGGGCGCUCUGGGCGACGGCGCUGCGGACGCCAUUAUCCUCUGUUUCUCGCUGCACCGACCUCCACAUCUCGACUGCUUCCCACUUAUUUGCGGCCUGUAGGCUACUGCAGCACUAGGGUGUCUGUUGUUGGUCCUGCCCACAACACUUCAGUUCUGCUCUGCAAGGAUAUAUAAUAACUGCAGAGUGGUGUGUCCAUUUAACACAAGAAGAUGGAAACUGAACAGCCAGAGGAAACCUUCCCCAACACUGAAACCAAUGGUGAAUUUGGUAAACGCCCUGCAGAAGAUAUGGAAGAAGAACAAGCAUUUAAAAGAUCUAGAAACACCGAUGAGAUGGUUGAAUUACGCAUUCUGCUUCAGAGCAAGAAUGCUGGGGCAGUGAUUGGAAAAGGAGGCAAGAAUAUUAAGGCUCUCCGCACAGACUACAAUGCCAGUGUUUCAGUCCCAGACAGCAGUGGCCCCGAGCGCAUAUUGAGUAUCAGUGCUGAUAUUGAAACAAUUGGAGAAAUUCUGAAGAAAAUCAUCCCUACCUUGGAAGAGGGCCUGCAGUUGCCAUCACCCACUGCAACCAGCCAGCUCCCGCUCGAAUCUGAUGCUGUGGAAUGCUUAAAUUACCAACACUAUAAAGGAAGCGACUUUGACUGUGAGUUGAGACUGUUGAUUCAUCAGAGUCUGGCAGGAGGAAUUAUUGGAGUCAAAGGUGCUAAAAUCAAAGAACUUCGAGAGAACACUCAGACAACAAUCAAGCUUUUCCAGGAAUGCUGUCCUCAUUCCACAGACAGAGUUGUUCUUAUUGGAGGGAAGCCUGAUAGGGUUGUAGAGUGCAUAAAGAUUAUCCUUGAUCUUAUAUCUGAGUCUCCCAUCAAAGGACGUGCGCAGCCUUAUGAUCCCAAUUUUUAUGAUGAAACCUAUGAUUAUGGUGGCUUUACAAUGAUGUUUGACGACCGCCGUGGACGUCCUGUGGGAUUUCCCAUGCGGGGAAGAGGUGGUUUUGACAGAAUGCCUCCUGGUCGAGGUGGACGUCCCAUGCCUCCAUCUAGAAGAGAUUAUGAUGAUAUGAGCCCUCGACGAGGACCACCUCCUCCUCCUCCUGGACGAGGUGGCCGGGGUGGUAGCAGAGCUCGGAAUCUUCCUCUUCCACCACCACCACCACCUAGAGGAGGAGACCUAAUGGCCUAUGACAGAAGAGGAAGACCUGGAGAUCGUUAUGAUGGCAUGGUUGGUUUCAGUGCCGAUGAAACUUGGGAUUCUGCAAUAGAUACAUGGAGCCCAUCAGAAUGGCAAAUGGCCUAUGAACCACAGGGUGGCUCUGGAUAUGAUUAUUCCUAUGCAGGGGGUCGUGGCUCCUAUGGUGAUCUUGGUGGACCUAUUAUUACUACGCAAGUAACUAUUCCCAAAGACUUGGCUGGAUCUAUUAUUGGCAAAGGUGGUCAGCGGAUUAAACAAAUCCGUCAUGAGUCAGGAGCUUCGAUCAAAAUUGAUGAGCCUUUAGAAGGAUCCGAAGAUCGGAUCAUUACCAUUACGGGAACACAGGACCAGAUACAGAAUGCACAGUAUUUGCUGCAGAACAGUGUGAAGCAGUAUGCAGAUGUUGAAGGAUUCUAAUGCAAGAUAUUUUUUCUUUUUUAUAGUGUGAAGCAGUAUUCUGGAAAGUUUUUCUAAGACUAGUGAAGAACUGAAGGAGUCCUGCAUCUUUUUUUUUUUAUCUGCUUCUGUUUAAAAAGCCAACAUUCCUCUGCUUCAUAGGUGUUCUGCAUUUGAGGUGUAGUGAAAUCUUUGCUGUUCACCAGAUGUAAUGUUUUAGUUCCUUACAAACAGGGUGGGGGGGGAGGGUGUGCAAAAACUAACAUUGAAAUUUUGAAACAGCAGCAGAGUGAGUGAAUUUUAUUUUUUGUUCGUUGUUGGUGGUUAAAAAGAAAAAAAUUCCCCCCAUGUAAUUAUUGUGAACACUUUGCUUUUGUGGUCACUGUAACAUUUGGGGGGUGGGACAGGGAGGAAAGAUAUCCAUAGUCCACAUGUCCCUGGCAUCUGUUCAGAGCAGUGUGCAGAAUGUAAUGCUCUUUUGUAAGAAACGUUUUAUGAUUUUUAAAAUAAAUUUAGUGAAUCUA